AUGGCGGAGCUGCAGAUGCUGCUGGAGGAGGAAAUCCCGGGGGGCCGCCGGGCCCUCUUCGACAGUUACACGAAUCUGGAACGGGUGGCCGAUUACUGCGAGAACAACUACAUCCAGUCAGCAGAUAAGCAGCGAGCCCUAGAAGAAACCAAAGCCUACACCACCCAGUCCUUAGCAAGUGUUGCCUAUCUGAUCAAUACCUUGGCCAACAAUGUCCUGCAGAUGCUGGAUAUCCAGGCAUCCCAACUACGAAGGAUGGAGUCUUCAAUCAAUCAUAUUUCACAAACCGUUGAUAUUCAUAAAGAGAAAGUUGCAAGAAGAGAAAUUGGUAUUUUGACUACCAAUAAAAACACUUCAAGGACACAUAAGAUUAUUGCUCCAGCCAACCUUGAACGACCAGUUCGAUAUAUUAGAAAACCUAUCGACUAUACAAUUCUAGAUGAUAUUGGACAUGGAGUAAAGUGGUUGCUUAGAUUUAAGGUGAGUACCCAGAAUAUGAAGAUGGGUGGGCUGCCGCGUACAACACCUCCAACACAGAAGCCCCCCAGCCCCCCUAUGUCAGGCAAAGGGACACUUGGGCGGCACUCCCCCUAUCGCACACUGGAGCCAGUGCGUCCUCCAGUGGUACCAAAUGAUUACGUACCUAGCCCAACCCGUAAUAUGGCUCCCUCGCAGCAGAGCCCUGUGAGGACAGCUUCUGUGAAUCAAAGAAAUCGAACUUACAGCAGCAGCGGGAGCAGUGGAGGAAGCCACCCGAGCAGCCGGAGCAGCAGUCGGGAGAACAGUGGAAGUGGGAGCGUGGGGGUCCCCAUUGCCGUCCCUACUCCCUCUCCUCCCAGUGUCUUUCCAGCCCCCGCUGGCUCUGCUGGUACUCCACCCCUUCCUGCUACUUCCGCAUCUGCCCCCACCCCUCUUGUUCCUGCAACUGUCCCUUCUUCCACUGCCCCAGAUGCUGCCGCUGGGGGAGCCCAGACCCUUGCUGAUGGCUUCACUUCUCCGACUCCCCCUGUUGUCUCUUCCACUCCCCCUACAGGUCAUCCUGUUCAGUUUCACAGCAUGAACAGACCUGCUGCUCGCCAUACACCCCCAGCAGCAGGGGGCUCCUUGCCCUAUAGACGCCCUCCUUCCAUCACUUCACAAACAAGCCUUCAGAGUCAGAUGAACGGAGGACCUUUCUAUAGCCAGAACCCAGUAUCUCUUGCUCCUCCUCCUCCCUCCAUCCUACAGGUAACUCCUCAGUUACCUUUAAUGGGAUUUGUGGCCAGAGUCCAAGAAAAUAUUUCAGAUGCACCACCUCCACCGCCACCUGUGGAAGAACCAGUCUUUGAUGAAUCCCCGCCACCGCCACCUCCCCCAGAAGAUUACGAAGAGGAAGAGGCAGCCGUGGUUGAGUACAGUGAUCCUUACGCUGAAGAGGACCCACCGUGGGCCCCAAGGUCUUACUUGGAAAAGGUUGUGGCAAUUUAUGAUUACACAAAAGACAAGGAAGACGAGCUGUCCUUUCAGGAAGGAGCCAUUAUUUAUGUCAUCAAGAAGAAUGACGAUGGUUGUAUUAAAACAAAAAAGCAAGCUGAAUUUGAACAAAUGGAUCUUUCUGCCAUCACUUAUACUAUGCUGAGCUGUUUGGAUUGA